AGGCAAAACAAGAAGCUUCAAACUCCUCUACGGUCUGGUUUGAUAAGGGAGGUCUCGAUUCACCGUUGCUUCUGUUUGGUACUUCAAACUCUACUUUUAUAAGUGUUUUCCGAAUUGGAGUCGUCAGCAGUUUGGCGCCAGAAAGAGGCAAAAUCUCUCGGAUCCAUGUCUGUAACUCGGCCAUGUCAGCGACAACCUGGGAUUCAGAAGCGGAGAGUUGUCAUAGAAAACAGCCAUGGGGAGAAGCUUGUGGGGAUGUUACAUGAUACGGGUUCCAAGGGGCUCGUUGUGUUCUGCCAUGGCUUACAUUCCUCAAAGGAACGCAUCCCCAUGGUGAACCUUGCUGCUGCAUUGGAAGAGCAAGGAACAAGUGCUUUCCGCUUUGACUUUGCUGGAAAUGGGGAAAGUGAAGGUUCAUUUCGAUACGGUAACUAUCACAGAGAAGCUGAUGAUUUACGUGCUGUAGUUCGACACUUUCUUGGGUGCCAUUAUGUGAUAACUGCAAUUGUUGGGCACAGUAAAGGGGGAAAUGCAGUUAUAUUGUAUGGUGCAAAGUACAAGGAUGUUCCUGUAGUUGUAAAUAUUUCUGGUCGAUUUAAUCUUGAAAGAGGCAUUGAAGGUCGCUUAGGUAAAGAUUAUCUACAAAGAAUCAAGAAAGAUGGAUUUAUUGAUGUGAAGAACAAAAGAGGCACAUUUCAGUAUCGAGCAACUCAAGAGAGUUUGUUGGAGCGGCUAGCGGUUGAUAUGCAUGCAGCCUGCCAGUCAAUUGAUCAAAAUUGCAGGGUUUUGACAGUUCAUGGAUCAAUGGAUAAGACUGUUCCUGUUGAAGAUGCUUACGAGUACAACAAAUUCAUACCUAAUCAUAAACUAUACAUAGUGGAAGGAGCUGAUCAUGAAUUCACUUCACAUCAAAAUGAGUUGGCUUCAAUCGUGUUGGGCUUCAUCAAGAAAGAAUUUCACCAGGAGAAGUUUAUGCUCAAGCACUCAUCACUUGGCACAAGAGUAGCAGAUAAAUCUAUUCAUUCACGGAUGUGAUCUUAGACUUAUUAUCAGAAACUUUUUUCCUGUGAAUGCUUGUAAUAUUACUUAACUCUUGUAGUUCCAAGUAAUAUCACUCUGCAUCAGAAACAUUGUCCAUUAUAGUGAUUGUUUUCAUACAUUGGUUCCAAGAUACAUCACACCUUAUCAAUAUGAAGAUGGAGUAGUUAUAAUCUG